AUGAGUGAAAUGGGCUACAAGUGUAUGGCAGAUGUGCCGCAUUACGGAGAUGACAGGAUGCGCUGGUGUGACACUGAGAGGGGGAGCGGAGCCAAGAGCUGCCCGACCGUGGGGAGCCCGAGCUGGGAUGUGACAGCUGUUCCAGUGGGUCCUUUGGUGUGGACUGCCUCUCUCCUCAGGGACCAUCAAAUCAGUGAAAGGACCAGGGUGCAUGUGUUGGACCACUUUGUCAUUGAAAUUAAGCAGUGGUGGUGUGGGACAAAAGGCAUUCGGCAGGUGGACAGGGGGUGGACAGGCUGGACAGAAGCAGCCCCCAACCCCCACACCAGAGCCUACAGGCAGGCAGCAGCAGGAGAAGACGACCCCCUACUCAACCAGGCUGCAGACGUCCUCCUGAGACCUGCUGCUCAUCAGCCGCACACCACUGGGGGGAGGGGCCUGCCAUAA